AUGGAGAGCUCUGCCAAGAUGGAGAGCGGCGGCGCAGGCCCGCAGCCCUUCCUGCCGCCCGCAGCCUGCUUCUUUGCCACGGCCGCGGCGGCGGCUGCGGCGGCCGCGGCGGCGCAGAGCGCGCAGCCGCCGCCGCCGCCGCCGCAGCCGCAGGCGCCGCAGCUGAGCCCCGCGGCCGACGGCCAGCCCUCAGGGGGCGGUCACAAGUCAGCGCCCAAGCAAGUCAAGCGACAGCGCUCGUCCUCGCCCGAACUGAUGCGCUGCAAACGCCGGCUCAACUUCAGCGGCUUCGGCUACAGCCUGCCGCAGCAGCAGCCGGCCGCCGUGGCGCGCCGCAACGAGCGCGAGCGCAACCGCGUCAAGCUGGUCAACCUGGGCUUCGCCACCCUUCGGGAGCACGUCCCCAACGGCGCGGCCAACAAGAAGAUGAGCAAGGUGGAGACGCUGCGCUCCGCCGUCGAGUACAUCCGCGCGCUGCAGCAGCUGCUGGACGAGCACGACGCGGUGAGCGCCGCCUUCCAGGCGGGCGUCCUGUCGCCCACCAUCUCCCCCAACUACUCCAACGACAUGAACUCCAUGGCCGGGUCGCCGGUCUCAUCCUACUCGUCGGACGAGGGCUCCUACGACCCUCUCAGCCCCGAGGAACAAGAACUGCUCGACUUCACCAACUGGUUCUGA